CGCGAGUUUUGCUGCGGCAAGAACUACACCUCCCGGCAGGCCGCGGGAAGGGGCCCGGUAGGAGGACCGCCGCCCCAAACCCCCGGCGACUUCCCUGAGUCAGUCAGGUUCUCCUUUGAAGAGGAUGGAGGUCAAUAGUGGCGGCGAGGCACAAGAAUCCGGCGAGAUCCGGGCUCUAAAACCGUGUCUGCUGCGCCGCAACCACAGCCGCGAACAGCACGGCGUGGCCGCCUCCUGCCUGGAGGAGCUAAGAAGCAAGGCCUGUGACAUUCUGGCCAUUGAUAAGUCCCUGACUCCAGUCACCCUGGUACUGGCAGAGGAUGGCACCAUCGUGGAUGAUGACGAUUACUUCCUGUGUCUGCCUUCCAAUACUAAGUUUGUGGCAUUGGCCAAUAAUGAGAAGUGGGCAUAUAGCAAUUCAGAUGGAGGUACAGCUUGGCUUUCCCAGGAGUCUUUUGAUGUAGAUGAAACAGACAGCGGGGCAGGGUUGAAGUGGAAGAAUGUGGCCAGGCAGCUGAAAGAAGAUCUGUCCAGCAUCGUCCUCCUGUCAGAGGAGGACCUCCAAGUGCUCAUCGAUGUUCCAUGUUCAGACCUGGCUGAAGAAUUACACCAAAGUUGUGCCACCGUCCAGGGGCUGCAGAACACACUCCAGCAGGUGCUUGAUCAAAGAGAGGAAGCCCGUCAGUCCAAGCAGCUCCUGGAGCUUUAUCUCCAGGCCUUGGAGAAGGAGGGUGGCCUCUUGUCAAAGCAGGAAGAGUCCAAAGCUGCCUUUGGUGAAGAGGCGGAUGUGGUGGACACGGGGAUCAGCAGAGAGGUCUCUGAAAUUGCACUGACAAGCCAUAUCCUCACUGCACUGAAGGAGAAGCCUGCUCCAGAGCUGAGUUUGUCUAGUCAGGAUUUGGAGUUGGUUACCAAGGAAGACCCCAAAGCACUGGCUGUGGCUUUGAACUGGGACAUAAAGAAGACAGAAAGUGUCCAACAGGCCUGUAAUAAGGAGCUCGCCCUGCGCCUGCAGCAGAUACAGAGCUUGCAUUCCCUCAGGAAUAUUUCAGCAAGGAAGAACUCACUACCUGGAGAGCUGCAGAAUCCUAAACGAACCAGACAAGAUCCCACAUAGCUACAGCUGGAAAUAUGCCAAGGAAACCCCUGUGGCCUUGUUUUGUUAUCUGUAGAUGCCCUCAGCCUGAUUAUUUGACCAUCAUUAUUGACCUCCUCCCUGCCUGAGAGCAUGUAAUAGAACAGACUGGAAGAUUGGCUUUAUGUCUCCUGCAGAAAAGCUAAUCCAGGUCUCCACAGAAACUCUUCCACCAACUUUGAAUGAUACGGCUGUACCAACAAUAGGCAAUCUCCUCUAAUUACACAUGCUUAUAUUUACAGAGAACAUAAAGGUCAUUGUCAAGGACGGUGAGAAGAAAUGGUCGUAUUUUAGACUCAUUAUCCUUAUUCAAAAGAUCACUACAGAGUUUUAAGCACAGAUAAUGGUAGAGAGGGUGACAUAGAGUGUUGCUUAUGGCAACAAACUUGUUUCUCAAGUUAAUGGAUUCGUUUGUUUAAAGGCACAUAUUAAGUUUGCAGACCACAGGGACAUACAGAGAGUCGACUUUACCAUUUCUAAUAUCUGAUUCAGUAUUGUGAAAUUAUAUCUGUUAUCACUGUGAAACUUCAGUUUUCUAAUAUGUUUUAUCAGCAGGGGGUAUAAAGGUCAUUAAAGCAAUUUCCAUGCGCUA